UCUCUUUCUCUCUCAAGUCUCGACUGUAGUUGCCGUUCGUUACUCUCUUCGAAUGAAGCUACCUAGCUCCGUCCGUGCACUGAAUCUGCAUACGCGCUCCGGCUUUGUUUUCCAAAAACCACCGCAUUACUCUACUACUACGGCAGCAACCUUCUCUGCGCCUGCCAAAUCAGGGGACUCUCUCUACCGUCGGAUUUCACCUCUCGGUGCCCCGACGGUCUCGAUCGUUCCGGUGCUCGAUCAGUGGGUCGAAGAAGGACGAGGUCUCAAGAAGGAACACCUUCAGAACAUCGUCAAGGAGUUGAGGCGUUACGGCCGAUUCAAGCACGCUCUUGAGGGCCCAAAAUGUACCAACACCAAGUGGAAUCAACAGAAGGCUUGCUUUACUUAUUAGGCAUGUGAGGACGCAAGUAUUCAUGGGAAACUACAUGAUAAUGGUGUUCUCUCUGUCAGUAUUCAUGAUAAGUUGUCAAGUUAUAUGGAAAAUACAGAUCUAAUUGCACAAGCAUCCCGUUUAAUGGAGGAGGAGGAUGCUGUAGGUAUCGAUGGGGAAGCGACAGAAAAUUUGGAGCCAAAGCAAAUGGGUGAUUUGGUUAUGGAUGAAGAGGUAAAGGGGAUAUCGGAGCUGAAAUAGAAUUGCAUCUUUUCCAAAAGAAAGAAAACUAUUUCGGAAAUAUAUACUCGCAAUACAUCUGUGUGUAUCUGUUAGACUUCACUGUGAAUAAACACUAGGCUUGCGCAAGAAAGAAUCAUGCGGCACAAGGAUUUUGAAAGGACAUUGGCAUUCCAUGGUGAGUUAAGAAGUGCUGUGUGAUUAAUCUUCGCUUUCGCUGUCCCUCUCUUCAAAUAUUUCAUUUGAGAGAUUAUUUUUCAUCCUUAAUCUUAAAUUUCUUGGGCUUAUUUUGCUAUGAUUCACCAUUUUUGUUUUCGUGUACGCAGGGACAGAUUCAGAAUUUUACAUCAGCGGGGGACCCCAAAUUAGUAAACCUAACCCGUACGUUUAUAAUUUCUCAAUUAAUACAUAUUUUGCCGGUAAAAUAACAAAUUGAUGAAUAUAUUUGUUAUUUUAUCUUAUAAUUAGCAGCAAGGGAUGUGUUUGCAAAAAAAAAUGGUGUGAAAAUUUAACACUCGAAGAAAUAAAUCAGACAAAUGUCCUCACAAUGGAAAUCUAGGGUAAUUUGGUAUCACGAAUUUAUUGGGUAUAAUUGAAAUACGUAAGAAAAUUAAUCUAAUUUUACAAAAUCGAGUGGGGACGUGCCCCGCAAGCCCCCACCUUUAUCCGUCUCUGCGUGUAUGGUAGUAUUUUCUUUCCCUUCCUACUGUCUGUUGCUAUCCUUUUGGACACGCGCGAU